UUCGGGUAUAAAGGCCGUAUCAUUUCGAGUGGGAAUUCAGUGUGGAGCUGACUCAGAACGAGACAUGUCGCUGUUACUAACGCUGAUCGCGCUGCUAGUGUCGCUGCUUUUGUUCGUGGCCCGCCGACGUCAUGGAUAUUGGCAGAGGAGGGGUAUUCCCCACGAUGUGCCCCAUCCCAUAUACGGAAACAUGAAGGACUGGCCCAAGAAGCGGCACAUCGCGACGAUUUUCCGGGACUACUAUUUCAAGUACAAAAGUUCCGAUUAUCCGUUUGCCGGGUUCUACUUCUUCUUCACACGGUCUGCUGUCAUCACCGACUUGGAGUUGGUCAAGAGGGUGCUGAUCAAGGACUUCAAUCACUUCGAGAAUCGCGGAGUCUUCUCCAAUGAGAUCGACGAUCCACUUUCGGCCACUCUGUUCAGCAUCGAAGGUCAGAAGUGGCGUAAUCUGAGGCACAAGCUGACACCCACUUUUACGUCCGGCAAAAUGAAGAACAUGUUUCCGAUCGUAGUGAAGGUUGGCGAGGAAAUGGAGAAGAUCUUCAGUGCCAAAACCGCCGCAGGUCAAGGCCAAGUUCUGGAAAUUGUGGAUCUGGUGGCACGAUAUACGGCUGACGUAAUCGGUAAUUGCGCCUUCGGUCUGAACUGCAAUAGUUUGCACAAUCCCAAGGCAGAGUUUGUGGCAAUUGGAAAAAGGGCGAUCAUCGAACGUCGCUAUGGAGGACUGCUGGAUUUCCUCAUUUUUGGAUUUCCAAAGCUAUCACGCCGCUUGCGGCUCAAACUGAACGUGCAGGAGGUUGAGGACUUUUACACUGGAAUUGUGAGGAGCACCAUCGACUACCGGUUGAAGACCAAGGAGAAGCGUCACGACUUCAUGGACAGCUUAAUCGAAAUGUAUCAGAAGGAGCAGGCGGGCAACACUGAGGAUGGCCUGUCCUUCAACGAGAUUUUGGCCCAAGCCUUUAUCUUCUUUGUGGCCGGGUUCGAAACUAGCUCUACGACCAUGGGAUUUGCCCUGUAUGAGCUGGCCCAAAAUCAGGACAUUCAGGAUCAACUAAGGGCGGAGAUCAACAAUGUUCUGAGCCAGCACAACAACGAGUUUACUUACGAGGGAAUCAAACAGAUGAAGUACCUGGAACAGGUCGUCAUGGAAACCCUUCGCAAGUAUCCAGUUCUGGCGCAUCUUACGCGUAUGACCCAGACUGAUUUUCUGCCGGAAGAUCCCAAACAAUUCAUUGCCAAGGGAACUAUUGUUGUGAUACCAGCUUUGGGCAUUCACUAUGACCCGGAAAUAUAUCCGGAACCGGAGAAGUUCAAGCCGGAGCGAUUUACGGAUGAGGCAAUCACGGCGAGACCCUCCUGCACCUGGCUGCCAUUUGGGGAAGGUCCACGGAAUUGCAUCGGUCUUCGAUUUGGACUGAUGCAAACCUGCGUGGGAUUGGCCUACCUAAUCCGGGGUUAUAAGUUCAGCGUUUCCCCGGAAACUCAAAUUCCCAUGAAGAUAGUCCUUAAGAACAUUCUGAUAUCGGCCGAGAAUGGUAUCCAUCUCAACGUGGAGAAGCUUUCCAAAUGAGAGUAUACCUUAAAAUUUAUAGGGAUUUUGAUGUUUUAAUAUUACGAUUUUGCUCUGGCAUGUAUUCACGGCUACCUUCUUAAAGCUCAUGUACCGUAUAUAUGUACAUAUAUGGGAGUAAAGCUUAUAAAUACUGAGUAACUUGUUCAACGUUCAACAUUUUAAAAAGUAUUUCAAAUAUAAGUUUUAUUAAAAAAAAUGAGAAAACUA